AUGGCUUCAGACCCCCCACAAAUGGGUGUCAACGACGCCACGAAGGCCGCAGAUGCAGCCAAGACGGCUAAGGCUGCCGAAAUAGCCAAGGCUACGAAGGCUGCUAAGGCCGCUGCCGCCAAAGCCGCUAAGACGACAGAGGCGGCCAGAGCUGCUGCAAUGAACAAACCAGGAGGCGACCAUAUGACCCCAGAAGCAUUCGUCCAAAUGCAAGAGCAAAUUAAAACGCUAACCCAAGGGCUACAAGCAGCGAUGCAGGAGAACGCAGAUCUGCGAAAGCAAAUCUCAGAGCCAAGCAUCUCAAACCAACGACACAGCGAAAGACCAGAAGAAGAUGACAGGGAUGAUGCCGAAUCCAGUGAAAAGGAAAGCCAGAACCGAAGGAAGCACGACAAACCACCUCUAGAAAAGCAACCCCACGAACAGGAAGCGUUGCUCAAGAUGCAGGACCAGAUCGAUGGGUUGAUGAAACACAUCAAAGCACAAACUCCUGCCACGGUAGAGGAGAUUGUGCAGAAUACGGAUUCACCUUUCACAUCUGAGGUCAUGGGGCUGCCACUCCCCAGGAAGUUCAAAAUGCCUCAGCUAGAGACAUUCAAUGGUUCCACGGACCCAUUGGAUCAUCUAGAAACAUACAAAUCCCUAAUGCACCUACAAAUAGUACCAGAUGAGGUAAUGUGUCGUGCAUUAUUCCCUGUCACCCUCAAAGGAAGUGCUUGGGCAUGGUUUAACAAACUCCCCCCAGGAAGCAUACGUAGUUUCAAAGAGCUUAGCACUAGCUUUGUGAGCUACUUUAUUGCUGGCCAACGCUACAACAAACCACCAAUGCACCUCUUGAUAGUGAAACAGGGAAGGUGGGAGUCGCUAAGGGAGUAUACUACCAGGUUUAACAAAGAGGUGGUUCAGAUAGAGGAAGUUGACGACAGCGUGAGCAUAACUGCGUAUAUAGCUGGACUGUAUUCAAGACAGUUUUUAUACCUUCUAUCUCAAGAACCACCCAAGACCCUGGCAGAACUUAUGCUUAGGGCACAGAAACACAUGAAUGCAGAGGAAGCCAUCUACGCAAGGCGUUCCAGCGACAGUUUUGAUCCCCAUGCAGGGCCAUCACAGGUUGGCGAAUUUCCCCCAUCUGAUAGGAAAAGAAGAGAAUCCACCCGCAAAACGGGAGGGGAACCAAAAAAUAAGAAGGUGGACUCCAGAUCCUCCCCAAAACGAGGAGGAGGACCGCCCCAAGGCAAAUACAAGCAAUUUACACCACUCAUAGCCACGGCAGAACAAAUCCUCAGCAACUUACAAAAUAAUCCGGACCUCAAAUGGCCCGAAAAGCUAAGGACUGAUCCUAACAAGAGAGCUAAAGAACAAUAUUGCAGGUUCCACAGAGACCAUGGUCACAACAUGGAUGACUGCAUUGACUUAAAACAGCAGAUCGAGGAACUGAUCCAAAGAGGCAGACUUCAACAUUUCGUAACGAAGAAGUAUCAAAAGAUACCCAUGAGGGAUGAUACAAGCAAGGAAAGAAAAGAUGCCACGGCUCCCCGAUCAGGCCUUAUUAGAGAGAUCAAAGUCAUCCAUGGAGGACUUGCCGGAGGUGGAGAGUCUAGCAAUGCCAGGAAAGCUCACCUCAGGAAAUUGAGAACAGAGGAAUAUUUGGAGGUCAACACUGUUAGCCGUCCAAGCAAGAUCCAAAAGAAAGAAGAAAUACCCAUCCUUUUUUCAGAAGAAGACAUUAAGGGAACUCAAGUUCCUCAUGAUGACCGCCUGGUUAUAACCAUCGUCGUGGCCAACUACCUCACAGGAAGAGUAUUAAUAGACAGUGGAAGCUCGACCGACAUUCUCUACCUCCAUGCAUAUGAUCAACUAAACGUUGGAUGA